UCCAAGCUGUGCUCGCCGUCCUCGGCGCUCCACCUCGUCACAGGCUGUCUACGUUGUCCCUGACAUUCCUCCUCGUCCACGACUCGCAUCACCCUCAGAUUAAAUCUUCUGACUCUGCCUCGUCUCCUGAGUUUCUUCCGGGUUCCAGCAACUGGGUCUCCAUAGUGUUUGACCAUGACAGAACGGACUGGCCAUAGCCCAGACCCAGCUGACCCGGAAGGACUCCGCUUCGCAGUCACGCAGCAGGGGAUUGCUCUGGGACGCCAAGCGGAAUCACUGAACCAGAUGGCCACCGUCCAGCAGGAUCUUUUCCGUCGGCUGGAUGGAAUAUCUCAUGCCCUAAUGGACCUUACCGGUCAGCAAUCUUCCAUCGCCGCAGCCAGCACCUCCUUCUCCGCUACCGGAAGUCCGGGCCCCGCUAUCGCUAACGCAGCUAAUGAAAACAUCCGGCUUCAACCCGAGGUCUUCCAUGGUGACGUCAAAGCAUGCGGGGGUUUCCUCCUACAAUGUCGGCUAAUUUUCCAGCAGGCUCCGCGACAUUACCACGCCGAUCAAAGCAAAAUAACCCUCAUCGUGAACUCUCUUAGGGGUAAGGCGCUCCAAUGGGCGCAGGCUUUUCUUACUGCCAAUCCCAUACACCAGGUCCCAUUCGAGCGUUUCAUAAAUGAGUUUUGUCUGGUGUUCGACCAGCCCCGCAAGGAGGAAGAAGCUACUCGCCGAUUACUAGCUCUCAGGCAACGCAGCAGAUCAGUCAGAGGACCCCCGGAGGAACCUAUGCAAAUAGGACACUCCAAACUUACACCUGAGGAGCGGCAGAGACGUAGAGACGAAGGUACCUGUUUUUACUGUGGACAGUCGGGUCAUCUCGUUCACCAGUGUACCUUACGUUUAAACGCCAAGACCCCCCGCUAGACGACAGGCCGCGGGCGGGUCA